CCGGAUCGCUCGCUGUGCUCGUCUCUGGCAAGGUGUGCUGUACUCGAACAUUGAGGGUGUGAUUUUGUUUGCCCCGGAUGCUCACGGCGUGCAAGAGCAAACAGCUCUCCAGUCCAGCGUCCAGAGCAUGAAUUCUUACCGAUUUCGGAGCGAAUCAAUGGUUCGGAGGAGCCAUAGGCGAAUCGGGUGUGCUUGCCCUGGUUCUGUCAUUUCUGCUGCUUUGAAAUCCCUAAUGGUAUCUCGGCGGACCGGGAAGCCAGCUUUGAAUGGUCGCGAUGUCCCAUAUUUAAUACAGCCGCUAGGUUUACAUUCUCGAGCUGCAUUGGCUGAUCCACCCGAGCAGCUGGUUUGAAGCUGAAACACCGCACUCCCGGCAAAUGCCCAGUCACGCCAAUCCUCCUUCAUCCCUUGCCUGGCGCAAGCCGCGCGUGGAGAGGAAGCAGAAAGGUGGGGGGAGGGGUACGGUGUAAAGGAAGGCAUGGAGGAAGGAAGCUUUUCAAAAUUCAAUAUAUCCGGAUCAGAAGAAACUUCAUGUUGGUGCUGGAACAGCCUGAGGUUGACAACGGAGGGUACCGUACGAAGACAGCCAUUGACCGGGCUCGAGUCUGCCUACAAGAUGGAGAACAUGCAGCCUACUUUUACCACAGAACUGACCGCCGUCGGCCUCUGGGCUGCAUUCUACUAUGGACGCUUCAUUAUUGAUUCUACUUUAUGAGAGUGCUGGUGGGGGGCGGGAAGAUCAAAAAGACAAAUUGGGUUUAAAUUUCCAA